GAACAUACAAACAAGGCGAAUUUAUUUGUUGAACACCAGAAUUUUAAUAUCAUGCAGGUUCCUCGAUGUGCAUUCAUCAUGCUUCAGAUUUAAUUAUUUCAACAGGUAAGAUUGGCUGACUGAUGUUUUAAUUUCCCUUGGAAGAUACAUCAAAAAACAUGAUGGCGGAAGCAAGCGAAGGGAGAAAUGGGAAAAGAUAUUAUGACGUAAUGAGGUUUAACCAUUUACUGGUCACCGUGGUUGGUCUGGUCAAUAGAAUUUCUUGGUUGGGCCACACUUCACCACAAUUCCAAACGAUCUAAUCUAUUUUCAGCCAUGAUAGUGCCAACUCUUUUCUUGCGGUUAAUAAUAAGAGGUGAAAUAAGGUAAAUUAGUGACGUUGUACUCCCGACUCAAGCAAAAUCGGGAAAUCGUACCAUUCAAGUUCCACACGUCCAAAGCCCAACUUCUUCUCGGUGCUCAUACAUAAAGGUCCACUUUCCCUUUGGUUAGCUACUUACUUUUGCAAACAUACAUUCCAAUCUUCUCUACAUCAAACAUCGAACAUCAAGACAAAGAACAAGAACUCUUCGUUUCCACGACACCCAUCAAUCCAUCAACCAACAACACCCGUUAAAUCAACCUUUUACCAAUUAAAUCCAACAUCAUGCCUUUCACAGCAAGCGAUAUCUGCAAGAUUAUUCUCGCCGUCAUCUUACCACCUCUUGGUGUUUUCCUUGAGAGAGGUUGCGGUGCCGAUUUGCUCAUUAACAUCCUUCUCACCAUCCUUGGAUAUAUCCCCGGUAUCAUCCACGCUCUAUACAUCAUUCUGAAGUAUUAAGCUUCUCAUGACAACGACUUUCCUCAAACUCAAAAAUAAACGAUAUACCGCACUCGACUUCGAUCAUACGAUACCUCCAAUCAUCUUCCUACCUCUUUUACAUCUUCUCGAAAUCAGGCCUGACCA